AUGCAAAUCAGGACGACUUAUCCUUGCGAAGAGAGCGAGAACGAUGAAAAUCAAGAAGAAACCGACCGUAUUAGUGUGGAAGAAUCAGAUGACUAUGUCCGCCUUCACUUCAUCUCAACUAUGCAAAUUUAUCCUUGCGAAGAGAGCGAGAAUGAUGGAAAUAAAGAAGAAACCGAUUGUGUUAGUGUGGAAGAAUCAGAUGACUAUGUCAAUCUUCUCACGAAUCCAAAUCCUUCCUCCUCAUCCAGUUCAUCUGCAGUCCCCGUCCAUUCCAGACACACGGUCGACGCUUGCUGCGAACCGAUUAUAGAACAUCUUCAGACUAACUACAAAGCUGAAAAAGUAUUCCUAAUAUUCAGAACCAAUGCUAAACUGUAUAGUCUGUCGCCUGAGAACAGUUUGAGCGGCGGGUUGCUAGUCGGGGAUAGAAUGAGAGAGGGAAACCGAGGAAGGAACGAAAGAAAUCCCGGACAAAGUGCAGAGGGAAAAGGGAAGGAGAGAGACACGGAAGAGCAAACGUCCUGGCUUAUCGCCUACCCGAUGAUUAUUCACCGUGAUAAUAUGGUUCAGGAUUUGCAGCCAAUAGAUAAAUGUCAAAGCAAUGACAACGAAAAAGAUGAUGACAUAGAUUUCACUUCCUGCUUACCCAUAGACAUCUGUUCAAUUAUGACAGGAUCCCUCACGCUUUUAGUUUCCUACGUCUCAUUUAUCGUGCCACUGGCUCUGGUACCGCUCGAGAUUUUUAUGGUGCAAACACGUGAACGUGAAGAGUACGACGACGACAGUGUUCAACGAGACGUUCCCUUGGUUUUAAUAUAUUUAGAUACUGGUGUGAUUCCUAUUUUUUUUAUACCGAGAGAUUGA